CGUCAGUCGUCUCGCAGCGCACCCAUCACUAACAUGACUCGAGUUCUCUUCACCGUCGUGGUCCUGUCCCUCGUGGUCGCCUUGGCCGCCGCCGGUGGAUUUGGCGGUGGACACGGAGGCGGAUUUGGCGGCGGACACGGAGGCGGAUUUGGCGGUGGACACGGAGGCGGAUUUGGCGGUGGUGGAUUCGGAGGAUCUGGAGGCUAUGGAGGCAGAGGAUUUGGAGGUGGACAUGGAGGCUUCGGAGGAGGAUUCGGAGGCGGUCACGGAGGAUUCGGAGGCGGUCACGGAGGAUUCGGAGGCGGUCACGGAGGAUUCGGAGGCGGUCACGGAGGAUUCGGAGGCGGUCACGGAGGAUUCGGAGGUGGAUUUGGAGGACGAUAUGGAAAGUAAGCGCUUCGACGAUCUUUCACCUCCAGGAGGAAUGUAUAUUGAAAAGUGUAUUCCUAUUUUUUAUAUUAAAGUGUAAAUUCAA